AGACACAAUUAUUGGACUUGGGCAGCGUUGCUGCUGCGCUCUUUAGUCUUUACUGCUGCAAGAGUUUAGUGCAUCCGCUUAUCUGGGGAAAGUGGCAGUCAUAUUUGACUAGCCUAAAUUUACGGAUUUGUUGUCUUCAUCUUAAAUUGUGCCAAGGAUUUUUUAUUUUUAUUUUUUUCACAGAUUGUGAGAAAACAAGGAUUUGGAAAAUUUCUGAUCGAUUCUUUCGUGCAAAUCCACGUGAAAUAAAAGACAAUGACUCAGUUCAACAAGGGCCCUGCAUAUGGUUUAUCUGCUGAAGUGAGAAGCAAGAUCGCUCAGAAGUAUGACCUGCUGAAGGAGGAGGAGUUGAGGUACUGGAUCGAGGAUGUAACUGGCAUGCCAAUCAGAGAAAACUUCCAGAUGGGCUUGAAAGAUGGCGUCAUACUGUGCGAGCUGAUUAAUAAACUCCAGCCAGGCUCUGUUAAGAAAAUCAACAACUCCAAACUUAAUUGGCACAAGCUUGAGAACUUGGGCAACUUCAUCAAAGCCAUUCUUGCGUAUGGCCUGAAGCCUAACGACAUCUUUGAGGCUAAUGAUCUAUUUGAGAACGGGAAUAUGACUCAAGUCCAGACCACAUUGCUUGCCCUGGCCAGCAUGGCAAAAACCAAAGGUAUGGACACAAAGGUGGGCAUUGGUGUUAAGUAUGCAGACAAGCAAACCCGCAACUUUGAUGAUGAAAAAAUGAAGGCUGGUCAGUGUGUGAUUGGACUGCAGAUGGGUACAAAUAAGUGCGCUAGUCAGGCUGGGAUGACUGCUUAUGGCACCAGGAGACACUUGUAUGACCCAAAGACUCAAACAGACAAACCCUUUGACCAAACCACAAUCAGCCUACAGAUGGGCACUAAUAAAGGAGCAAGCCAGGCUGGAAUGGCGGCCCCCGGCACUAGGAGGGAUAUUUUCGACCAGAAAGUGGCUGUCCAGCCUCUGGACAACUCCACAAUCUCUCUGCAGAUGGGCACCAACAAGGUGGCCUCUCAGAAGGGCAUGAGUGUGUACGGGCUCGGCAGGCAAGUGUAUGAUCCCAAAUACUGCACCUCCCCCACCGAACCCAUCAUCCACAGCAAUGGCAGCCAGGGCACUGGCACCAACGGUUCAGAAAUCAGCGACAGCGACUACCAGGCUGAAUACCAAGCCGAUUAUCGGGAUGAAUACCAGGCAGACUACCACGAUGAGUACAGAACCCAUUAUGACCACGGCAUUGACUAUUAAACUGCUGGAUCAAGCGCAUAGCAGAGAUGAAUAUUUUUGGAUCCUUGCAUCAACAGAGCGAGACUUUUCUUUUUUUCUUUUUUUUUUUUUUUCUCCAUCACUGGCCUUUUUUUAAAAGACAGAUGUUAAAAGAGGAGCAUUUCCUGUAUCAUCAUUCCUCUAUUGAUUAUACAGUAUUGUAUUAGGUAGGUAGACUAUAGACCAUAGAUUUAAAAAAACAAAAAAAACAAAUAUUUUUAAGUUUUGUUUUAAAAGUUGAGAUGGGUUAGAGGAGCAGUACAAGUAUUCCUCAAAUGUCAAUCGUGGCAGCUUAAAGGGAUAGUUCACCCACAAAUUUAAGUUCUCUCAUUUACUCACCCUCAUGAUGUUCCAAACCUGUAUGACUUUCUGUCUUCUGUGGAACACAAAGGUGAAGAAUGGUGACUGAGGCUAACAUUCUACAUAACAUCUUUUAUGUUUCACAGAGGAAAGUCAUACAGAACUGGAACAACAUGAGGGAGUUUAUGAUGAAAGCAUUUUCAUUUUUGGGUGAACUAUCUCUUUAUCCACAAUCAGUAUCCCUAAUUUUUCAUUGAGAUAGAUUUAAACUGGUUAAGUGCGUAGCAUCUUAUUGAAGCUUAAAGGAUGUGGUUCAGCAUAGGAAUGUCAGUGAUUUUAGCAUUUAAUGUAUGCAGCAUUCAUUAAGUUCAGAAGGGAGAAUGGAGAAGACAUAUAUAAAGAUUGUGUGGUUCCCAGGUUGAUCUAAGCAUUGCAGCAUUGUGGCUUUUUUUUAAAGUGUUUUAUAAAUAUAAUUUAAAUGUCUUGCCUAUAAAUCAUUUGACCAAGCAAUGUAUUCCUAAAUUGUGCCAUAGUUUCAUUGUAUAUGUUUAGACCACCUCUUUCCUUUCACCUUGUUCCCUGCUCCCUCUUUCCCCAUCGUCUUGUAUUUAUUGCCAGUAAUAUUCAAUAGAGACCCCAGUCCUGUUGAAUGGCUUUUUUAUAUAUGAAUAAAGUUUUUAAUUUUCCAAUCAA